GGGGGAGAGAGAGAAAAAAAAACAGCACAAAGGAAAGCGGAGCACUCAGAGGUUUUAAAACUGAAGACCAAGAGAGUCAGACUCCAUUGAAGAAGAGCUUGGACGGCAUGCAAAGUUGUGAAAUUUCCUCAGACAGCACUGAUGAUCCUCUUAGUAGCGGCCUACGCACUCAUCGGCAGCCUCGAAUAGUAGUGAUUGGUGCUGGCUUGGCCGGCCUUGCUGCAACUAAGGUCCUACUGAAAAACGGCUUCACGGAUGUCACUGUCCUAGAGGCGUCAGACCACGUCGGCGGGAGAGUUCAGAGUGUUCAGCACGGAACAGCAACUUUGGAGCUUGGAGCUACCUGGAUCCAUGGUGCCAAUGGGAACCCAGUGUACCACCUGGCAGAGGACAACGGGCUGCUGGAACACACCACGGACGGGGAGAGGAGCGUGGGACGCAUCAGUUUGUACACCAAGAAUGGUGUGGCUCACUAUCAGACCAACGUUGGAAAGAGGAUCCCCAAGGACCUGGUGGAGGAGUUCAGUGACCUGUACAACGAGGUGUACGAGCUGACUCAGGAGUUCUUCCAGAACGGGAAGCCAGUUUGUGCUGAGAGCCAGAACAGCGUUGGCGUUUUUACACGAGAUGUGGUGCGCAAGAAGAUCAUGUUGGAUCCCGAUGAUUCUGAGAGCAUCAAGAAGCUCAAACUGUCCAUGCUUCAACAGUACCUCAAGGUGGAGAGCUGUGAGAGCAGUUCUCCCAGUAUGGAUGAGGUGUCUCUGAGUGAGUUUGGCGAGUGGACAGAGAUCCCCGGUGCACAUUAUGUAAUUCCUGAAGGUUUUAUGAAGAUCGUGGAGCUCCUGGCCCAGGACAUCCCCUCCCACACCAUCUGCCUUAGCAAACCGGUCCGCUGCAUCCACUGGAACUACUCAGCCCAGCAUCGGGAGGUGAUUGCCAAGAUCAGCGACACCAACCAGGACAACAACCACAACGACAACAACCACGGCUGCCAACCUCACACAGACCGUCUGAUCCUGGGCCACCCCAUCUACGUGGAAUGCGAGGACGAGGAGUGGAUCAAGGCCGACCACGUCAUCGUGACGACCUCUCUGGGCGUGCUGAAGCAGAACCACGAGGCCAUGUUCUCCCCCUCUCUGCCCGAGGACAAGGUGCUCGCCAUCGAGAAGCUGGGCAUCAGCACCACCGACAAGAUCUUCUUAGAGUUUGAAGAGCCCUUCUGGAGCCCCGAGUGCAACAGCAUCCAGUUUGUGUGGGAGGAUGAGGCUCAACUUGAACAGCUGGCCUACCCAGAGGAGCUGUGGUACAAGAAAAUCUGCAGCUUCGACGUCCUCUACCCUCCCGAGCGCUACGGCCACAUGCUGAGCGGCUGGAUCUGCGGGCAGGAGGCGCUGUACAUGGAGCGCUGCGACGACGAGACGGUGGCUGAGACCUGCACUGACCUGCUGAGGCGCUUUACAGGGAACCCUGACAUUCCAAAGCCCCGGCGUGUCCUGCGUUCUUCGUGGGGCAGCAACCCAUACAUCCGAGGCUCCUACUCCUUCACCAGGGUCGGAUCCAGUGGUGCGGACUGUGAGAGGCUGGCCAUGCCGCUGCCUUAUGCCAACAGCACCAAGGCUCCGCCCCUACAGGUCCUGUUUUCUGGAGAGGCCACCCACAGAAAAUACUAUUCCACUACCCAUGGUGCUCUGCUGUCAGGACAGAGAGAGGCCACUCGCCUGACAGAGAUGUACCAGGACUUGCACAGAGCGGAAACCACAAAGCCUAAUAUAUAAAAAUACAACAAACCUCUCACUAGUGAAGAAAAAUAAAUAAAUUACACAACUGUUGAGUUGAAGCUUUUUAUCUCGAUGAUUAAGUUAUACUUAAAAGCAUAGCUCGGGCAUUAUUACACUGAUAACAAAUGAGUAUUGUUUCUGUUGUACUGUAGAUUUGAAUCAUGCAACAUUUUAUUUGAGAUGUACUGUUCAAAAGUUGCCAAUGGUGCUGUCAUUUCUUGUCUUUACCAUUCUGUCAUUAUGUUUUGUUUUUUUAAUCAGUAAUUUAAUGUUUAUCAUAACAGCAUCUGUAAUUUAACUUGUUUUUGUAAGUGCCUUCUGUACGUAAUGCUAUGUUAUUUCAAAAAAAAUAAUAGAAAUACUAAACAAAAACGGAGAAAAUUUUAACUAAAUAAAAGUUCUAUCAUCAUCUAGCAACA